CGUCAGCGGUGCCCUGCCACCAUGACGGGCACAGCUCUGGGCAUGCCAGGCCAACUGGCCAACGAGUCUCUUGCUGACUACAAAAAGCGGUUCCAGGCUCAGCUCGCUCUGAUCGAGGCUGAGGAACAAUGCCAGCUGGCAGCCGAGGCUGCCCGCCUACAGGCUGAAGCAGCGGCAACAGCUGAGAAGCAGCAGCUACAAUCCGAAGCAGACGCAGAUGCCCAGGCACGCCGCAAGGAAGCCCAGGAUCUGCUGCGGCGGCAUGAAGCUGCCAGCAUCGAAAGACUCAAGUUCUGGCACUUUCAACCGUCCAACGGCGACGACGCGACACCGGAAGAGCAGCAUAAGGAGUUCCUCUCCAAACUCGUGACACAGUUGUUGUAUGCUUACAACUACCAACAGUCCGAGUUAGAGAGACAGAACCACGAACUGCAGCAACAGUACCAUGAUCUGAAGACACAGCACCAGGAGUUGGCGAACCUCCGUCGGAUAGUGCAGAGCCACGAGGAUGCUACACGGGCACUCAAUUCCCAUGUACUGGACCUGGAGCAAGUCGUACCAGGACCAGAUGCUGGUGAGUCCAGCAGUGCACCAUCUAACUGCCAACUGGAGCAAGGCGUCGACCACGUCGUCGCAAUGCUCGGCAACAUCAACACCUUCGAUGCGCCGACCACCAUCAGCAAUCAUCUGGAUACUUUGAAGACCGAGUUCGACGACUACACGCAUCAGGACCCGGUGCUCUGGUGGGAAGCUUUCACGACGCAACUUCGGAUUCUGCAUGUCGCCAAGCACGCGUACAUCGGCGCCCUAUUCAUGAACUCAAAGGGCGGAUGCCAGAUCUGGUUAACACAUCUGGCAGCCACCCACUGCGUCGACUUCGCAGAUCUGAGAGACAAGAUCACAUGGGAAGAGUUAACACGGCUGUGGAAGAAGCGGUUCAUCGUCGACGACGCACCAGCACUCGUCAUCAACUGUCUCUUCACCAUGACUCAAGGCAACACAGCAACACGUGACUGGCUCACGAAAUGGCAGAAGAUCGCGGCAACGCCCGAUCUUGACUUACCAUUUCCGCAUCUGCGUCGUGAGUUCUAUAACAGGUCAUGCGCUGCAUUGAGCCAGGCACUUGGUGAUCGCGAGCAGUAUGCAACUUCCGCUGAGAUUAUUGACAAGGCGAGAGAGAUCAUCAAGACCAACAGGGCGGCUGCACACGAGGUCAGCGUGGCAGCCAACCUAUGUGGAGAAGGUGAGGCGACUCCACCUCCCACUCCCCCAGAUUCGGCCGCCUUGCUAGCGGCCUCCUACACAUCUGGGGAGGAUGCGAAUGUCGUAAGUUCUCGGUAUGCUUACGAGGACUAUGCUGUCCACUUGGUCCCACCGCUGGACCAACCGCUCCACGUGCAACAAUCUACCGCAUGCACGGUUUCAUCACCAUCGGCAACCGAUUCGGCAACUUCGCCGCCAUCUACCGCGGGGGAUUCAACGUCAUGGUCAAGACUUGAAGAGCUCGACCCGUUGACAUUUGCGGACUUCCAAUGGAUGCCCCUUCCCCGGUCCAGUCGAUUGUCGAAACCGCAUUGCAUCGUGCUCAAGGCACAAUUGCGGGAUUACUUGCACACUGCAGUACCGACUCCGUUGAUGGACGCCGGAGUAGAGGUUGUCGACCUUCACGCCUACAUUGCGAAGAUCGACCGCGAGUUCAAGACGCAACGGUAUGAGGACAUCGACGCACCAUUGCUAUAUGUACGCAUUCAGAUUGGAGAGGCGACCUGCAACGCUUUGAUCGAUUGCGGAGCAUCUCGCAACUACAUGAGUCAGGACUUCAUGGUACGCGCCGGCCUUGGCCCACGAGUCCGAAGGAAGUCCCAGCCCACGCAAGUCACGUUGGCGGACGAUCACACGCACAAGUCAAUCGAUCGGUGCAUUGAUGACGUCCCAGUGUACUUUGCCCCUCACGCACGUGAGGCGGUGUCCUUUGACAUUUUGGACACCAAAUUCGACAUGAUGUUGGGCAUGUCAUGGCUGCGAAGCGAGGAUCACCCGAUGAACUUCUACCGCCGCACCGUUCACGUUCGUGAUCGGAACGGAGUACUACUCCCAUGCACGGUAGCUCCUCCUCACCCUUCAGUCAACUGUCGCGUGGUAUCCGCCGCAAGCAUGCGAGCUUCCAUCAUCAGAGACGACAUCGAGGAGAUGGGGGUGUGUUUUCUCCACGCCCUCCCGCCCCAUGACGCUUCACCAACGGACCCAUCUUCGGAUCCACGCAUCACCGAGCUUCUCGACGCCUACGGCGAUGUGUUCGAAGGCCCGCACGGAGUAGUACCGGAUCGGCCCAUCCGCCACGAGAUCAUCCUCGAGGACGGGGCCACGAUCAGAAACGCCGGCCCUCUCCCACGCAUCGACGAUCUUCUCGAGCGACUGGGCGGCGCCAAGUUCUUCUCCAAGCUCAAUCUCAAGUCGGGAUAUCACCAACUCGAGAUUCGGCAGGAGGACCGCUACAAGACCGCGUUUAAGACCCGGAGUUUGGACGAGCAUGUGGAACACCUGCGCACCGUUUUGGAGCGGCUACAACAAGCCAAGUACAAAGCCAACCGCGACAAAUGCGAAUUCACGCGGCAGGAGCUGGAGUACUUGGUACACUAUGUGACGCCGCAAGGCAUCCGUCCGCUUGCGGACAAGAUCGAGGCCCUACGAGUAUGGCCCGAGCCCACCAACACCACGGACGUUCGUUCAUUCAUGGGGUUGGCGGGCUACUAUCAGCGAUUCAUCACCGGAUACUCAAGGAUUGCUGCACCUAUGACGAGAUUACAAUCGCCAAAGGUGCCAUUCGUAUUCGAUGACGACGCAUGCCGGUCAUUCCAAGCACUCAAGACGGCCAUGCUCAUGGCACCCGUCCUUAGCAUUUAUGACCCCACCCUGCCUACGAGAGUGACGACUGACGCUUCCGGCUAUGGCAUUGGGGCAAUCUUGGAACAGCACGACGGCGACGACUAGCACCCUGUGGAGUAUUUCAGCCACAAAGUGCCUCCCAUCAACUCGCUUGAUGAUGCACGGAAGGAGCUGCUCGCAUUUGUUAUGGCUCUCAAGCGAUGGCGGCACUUCCUCCUUGGGCGUCGUAGGUUCACAUGGGUCACAGACAACAAUCCAUUGACCUACUACAAGACGCAGGAUACGGUGAGCAGCACGAUCAGACGAUGGAUGUACUUCAUCGACCAAUUUGACUUCACACCGAAACAUCCUCCCGACCUCUCCAAUCGCACAACAAAUGCACUCUCACGAA